AAUUUUUGUUGGAAUUCGGUUAUACGUAACAUGGAAAAUGUCCUAAAAAUAAUAUUUCUACAAGUGAUUUGAUAAAAGGUUUGCUCAAAAAAUAUUCCGCAAGUAUUUAUUGACCUGAAUAUGAUUUAUUUAUUCAAUGUACGUAAAUUAUCACAAGUUUCAACAUGUUUAAUAAUGAACAUUGUCAAAUGAUAAUUAGAAAUGACAACUGUCUACCUAAAUUGGAAUCUGUUUAUGGUCGAAAUUGUAUAAGUCAGUGUAAUUGUUCUUUUGGUGCACAAACAGCAACAUUUAAUAGUAUGAAUACAGAGUUGAUCAAUUCUGGAAGUUUGCAAAAUGAUAGUACUACUAUGCUAAGUAAUACUAUCGUAGAAAAUUCUAAUUCAAAUAUAUGCAUUAUUCCAGCUAAUAAUUUAAGAAAUUCAGAAUUUCCACAAACGUUGAAUACCUAUCAUCAUCAACAUCAAAAUAUUGCUCAAACAUUCAACUUAUCUACAAAUUCUGUUCAAGAUCUUCAUAUACCAGCGGUUUCACAAUCUAUUUUUCCAUCUUCUAUCCCAACAGUUAUAGCAGCAGCAGCGGCGGCGGCAGCUGGGGUAAAUUCUGCUAGUGUACCCCUUUCCUCAUUGUUGUUUCAUCCCCAAGGACCGUACAUGUUGCCGAAUCCUUCUUCAACUAAUCUACCUACCGCUCAUCUACAAUCUGUUAAUCCUCAGGUAUCGAAUAUACCUUUAAAUAAUGACUACAAAGCUAUUUCACCAUCGAAUGUGCUAGAAGCAACAACAACAACACACAAUCCAUUGCCUCUUAUAACUAGUAGUAUUGAUGGGACAAUAACAAAUCCUAUUAAAACUCCUUCUAAUUCUCAAUCGUCUGGUACAAAUAAAUUAUUGAAUGAAAAUGGUAACUAUUAUGUAAUGGUUCAUGUCGAUGCUGGAGAAACAUUCUCAGUUCGCGUAGGUGACCAGAUUCAACACAUACCUGGUCCAGCCACAGUUAGAAUGGUUUCCAAUAGUGGUCCACCUUUACCUAUGCCUAUGCAAGUUCCUCCUGGUCAUUUGGUUCAACAAAUUGUUGAUGAAGAAGGAAUUCUUACUCAUGUCAUUCUAUCACCUUAUCCUACUCAUCCAUCAUUGUCAAUGGUUCCGACUGGUGUUCCGUUGUCACUUAGUCAAACAAACGAUGUUUCAACAACUGGUACAAAUUUAAUUUUAAAUCCUAAUCAGCAUUUACAACCUCAUCAUUUUCAUCCUAUAUUACCAUCUACAGGUCUACCAAACAAUGAAAGUUUAAUCCAUAUGAAUCCAUAUGCACAACAUCCUCAUUCGAUACAUUCUUUCCCUCAUUCUCUUCCUACGCAUCCACCACCAUUUAUUCAUCCACAUUUUCAGCAUUUUCAUCAACAAUUUCAUCCACAUUCAACACAUCCACAUAUAUGUGUUAAUGAAGUCGGCAAUAAUGGUUCUAUUUCAACGAAAUAUUCAAUUACUCCUGAAGUUAUAGAUGAAGUAAAUCAUUGUGAUGUGUCAACAUGUAAUUCACCGUGUUUAACUAUCAACAAAUCAUCCGAUUCUUCGUUUAAUGAUAAUAAUAAUAGUAAUAAUUUUAACUUGAAACAAAAUGUAAUCAAAGAAAUUCCAGAUUCAACUACAAUGAACUGUAAUAAUAAUAAUACUAGUAAUAAUAAUGCUGAUCAUCCCAUCGAUACACGCUGUGAUCGUGUUGAUACACUGGAUGACCUACAUCCAAUUAUUAGUGGUUGUUGUGGUAUGAUUGCCAGUGACUUAGAUAAAAUGUCAUUUUUGAAUAAUAUUGGUAAUAAUAAUAAUAAUAAUAAUAAUAAUAAUAAUAAUAAUAAUAAAAGUCGAAAAACUUGUAGUCCAGAUUCACUUCCAAUGAUUGACUCCUCAUCAAACAAUGAAGUAAAAAUGGUUAAAUCUUCCGAAUGUAUCAAUGAUCCAAUAGAUCACUCGAAAACUGUCACAGACAUUAGACAAAAUGCAAUGAAUAAUACUAACAGUUCAAAGAAACCAUCAUUAAUAAAAUGUAGUCAUAAUUAUACUGUUCCUUACAGUAAUAAUAACAGUACUAUAAGAACUAUUGAUAAACAUGUUACUCAAACUACGAAUUCUACUGAUGAUGAUGAUGUCGUAAUCUCUUCUACACGUGAUGAUGAUCCAUAUGAAAACAAUGAAGACGAUAAUGAUGACCAAGAUGCAGAGAAUGAUGAUGGUAGUAUAAAUUGUAAAACAGUUGGAUCCUGUAAAACAUCUUUUAUAACUGCCAACUGUACAAAUCUAACUGACGUUAAUAAUUUUGAAAGUAGAUCUCACAUUUCAAUGAAAGAUAAGCAUUUUAUAGAUGGCAAUAUGAGUUCUGAUUGUUGUACACAUACCACACUUACUACAUCUACUACUGCUGCCUACACUAACACUGAUUCCAUUGUUUACACUACAAAUUCUCACGUCACUAAUACUACAUUUGCUUCAGAUAGUAAUGGGCGUGCAACAACAUCAAGUUUAAACGCCUUCUCUCCCCAUUUUUCUUAUCCUCAAGCCACAUUUCCAUUUCAUCGAAGGAGACGUGGUGGAGGUAUCAGUGGCGGCGGCGUUAUUGGUGUUAAUGUUGCUGGCGGAGGUAAUAAAAGUUACAGUGGUUUUCGACCACAUCGUUCAGCUGGCUUCGGUUUCAAUAAAUACUCUCAAAAUUCGGCUCGGAAUCAACCAUCUACAACUGGAUCGUCGAAAUCACAUUCAGAACAUUAUUCUCAAUAUCAACAACACAAUUGUAGCUUACAAAAUGGUAGUAAUCAUAUAAAUCAUUACCAUCAAUCCCAUCAUUCAUCAUCAAUUUAUCAACCCCAUUCACAAUAUCAUCACUGUCAUCGUGCUCCAGUUGUAGCACAAGAUGUAGAUAUAGAUUCUGAGAUAGAAAUUGAAAAUAAACCAACUGGAGACACAUCAGUUUGUUCUCCCCUUCCAAUCAAUGUAUUAUUACCGACAGUACAAACACCUACUGAUUAUUGUUCACCGUCAAAUUGUCUAUUAAAUUCACAAUGUUACAGUCAUCAUCAUCUUCAGCAACAACAGCUGGAACAACCUAUGGACUCUUAUGAUGUUUAUUUAAGUAAUAGUAAUAAUAAUGUUAAUACAAAUGGACCUGGGGCAAAUGAAAAUGAUACAGAGACUAAUACCAAUGGACAUCAUGCUGAUUACAAUCUGAAUAACGAAUGGAAUACUCAAGAGAAGAUUAUUCAUAAUAUAAUAUCGGAUAUACUGUCACCACAAAUCAGUGAAGUUAAAUGCGAUAGUGCAUUAAUUCAAUUGACAUUUCCACAAAAUUUAAUUCUUUCAUCUGUUGCUGAUGUUGAAUCGUCAUCAGCAUCAUCGCCGGCAACAAGCACAUCAAUCACAACAAUAACAACAAGUACGAAUUACAUCCCUACCAAUCCAUCCAUAUUAACAACCAAUACUACAACUGCUGCCACUAAUAAUUCUACUGCUACAAUUUUGUCCGUUGGUUCUUGCCAAUCAUUGCAAUCAUUAUUGUCAGAAAGCAGUAAUAAUAAUAACAAUAAUAAUAAUAAUAAUAAUAAUAAUAAUAAUGGCAAAUUGUUUAAAGUUCCCAGUUCUCCAUCAAAAAAUCAUCUACGCGAUAAAUGUAAACCAUCGUCAACAACCAUAAAGGGGGAUAAUUGUAAAUCCGAUUUAAUACAUUCAAACAUUAAUUAUGAUAAUAAUGUUAAUUAUAACGUUCACGAGUUGGAUGAUAGUACUAAUAAUAUCUCAACAAUAAUAAAAACUGCAACUACUACUUCUUCUAACAAUGAUAUUAGUAAUAAUGAUGACAGUCAACGUUAUCAAAUAACAAUAGAUUUGGAUACAUUACGAUUUGAAUUAUAUUUAGCUGAAAAAGGCAAUACAAUAAACUUUAAAUGUGUUUUCAUCGGUGAAGCUACUUACAUAUCACUGCAAGACCUUCGUCCUGGGACAAAUUACUACGUAAAAGUAUGUUGUAACUACUCUGGAAUUCGUGGUGAAUUUAGUCCGAUUGCACACUUCAUGACCUUGCCAUCUAAGCCGAAUCCUCCGCGAACUAUACAAAUAAUAUGUCAAACACGUAAUUCCCUGCAUAUUAAAUGGGGACCCGGCAUAGAUAAUGGAUCACGCAUUACAUCAUACAAGUUAGAAUAUGCUCAAGUGCUUACAAAUUCAUCCGAAUUAGGUUUAGACAAAAAUCCGGAUCCAGAAUUUUUUGAACCAAUUCAAGUGUUUGGUAGAUCGUAUAAAAUAAAUCAACUGUCUCCAUCUACGGAAUAUUUAAUUCGUGUUGCAGCAAUAAAUCAAUAUGGACAAAGCUCCUGGAGUCCAAUACUCUCCGCCUCUACAUCUGGUAGUCCUCCAGAGAUGCCUUUACCACCAUUCCUAAUUCAAGCUGAUGUUCAUUCCUUAACAUUAGGUUGGCGUCCACCAACUAAUCCCGAUCAAUAUCAGUAUCAUCUUCAUCACCAUCACCAUCAUAAUCAAAGUAAUAUUUGUGAUCAUAUGAAUUCAUCAAAUUAUGGCAAUCACUUAAGUCCAAUUACAUAUACAUUAGAAAUGGAUGAUCAAACUAUGGGACAUGGAUUUAUCACUGUUUUUGACGGUUCUGGUACAGAACAUUGUGUUGAUAAUUUACGUCGUAAUACACGUUAUCGAUUUCGUUUAGCUGCAUCAAAUAUUGAUGGCCGAAGUCGUUGGAGUGAAACAAUAACACUGGCCACUUUACCUGAUCAUCCAUCUCCACCAAGAAACUUACGGAUUUACGGUUCAUUUAUACAACCAACUCGAUUAGCUUUAACAUGGGAUCCACCAGAAGAUGAUGGUGGAAUUCCCAUUCAAGCUUAUCGAUUAGAAGCUCUCUUACCUUAUAGUAAUAGUGGUAAUUCCACCCUACCAAAUGGAACACUAACCAACGGUUCCCAUACAAAAUUAAAUGACCUCAAUAAUUCAGUAGUCAAUUGUUCUCUAGAGAAAAUCGAUGAUCAAAUUGAUGUUAUUCAAAAAUUAACAUGUUGGCCUCAUGUUACACCGUUAAAAUCUGGUUCGUCUAUAUUAUCAUCAAUUAAUUCAUCAUUAUCAGCAAUAAAAUCGACAUCAGUUAGUACUGCUACUCCUAAUUCUACAACAGUUAUUACUACUACCACUAAUCCUGCUUCUACGACUACUUCUACAAAUGAUAAUUACGUAAUAAACAGUUCAGAUAUUACCUAUCAUCCUCCAUUGAGUUCAUUUAAUCAAAAGAUUUCUAGCAGAACAACUGUAGAUAUGAAUAAUAGUAAUGAAAACACAGACAUAGAUCAUAAUCAAAUGCCGAACUCAAUAACAUUGAACAAUAAUUCAAUUGUCAGUCAGUCUACUGAUUAUGAUGUUGAAUUAAUUUAUCCACAAACUGCAUGGUUUAUUAUUUAUGAAGGUGCUGAAAAAGAAUUACUUAUUGACAAUUUACUACCAGGACUGUAUUUACAAUUACGUGUACGUGCAUGUUGUUCAUUAGCAAAUAAUCAUAAUAUGAAUCCAUCAUGUUCAUCUUUCUCAUCAUCCUCGUCAUCUUCAUCGUCAUCAUCAUCUUCAAUGUUAUCUGGAAUAAUAUCUACACUGAAUUUAAAUCAAUGUUCAGCGGAUGAAAUGAUUACCUCUAUAAAUGUUGGAACUAAUGUCACUAAUGUAAAUACUACUAAUACCGUUAUUACUAAUAGUAAUAAUGAAUUAUGGGGUUUAGCAAAUUAUCCACCAUUAAAAAUUCGUAUGCCACCAAUUCCACCUUCCGCACCAUGUUCUGGUCCACGUGUUGUCGGUAAACCGAAGCCAACUUCAUUGCAUUUAUGUUGGUCUCCACCAAAGCAAACUGGUGGUGCGCCAAUAUUAGCCUACGAAGUUUGGCAGUUGACUUUGGAAUCUACAUGUUGGAUUGAUGAAGUAUCUGAAGACAAUGAUGAUAUCGAUUUAUCAAUGCAUAGACUAUGCUCAUCAACACCAACAUCUUCAUUAGAACUAUCCGUUCUACGUUCAUCAUGUCAUAAUUUAGAAUGUGAUUUCAACCAUAGAUUUAUGCCGAAUAGUUGUCAAUCACGUCAUCGUCAAUUUAUUCUGCAUAAAUCUUACACAGAUCCAUCACUAAAUAUGAAAUCAUACUCAGUGAAUAAUACUACUAAUAAUAAUAAUGAUGACAAUUCAGUAAAAAUACAAUCAUCAUUUAAUGAUUCAUCGAAUAUUACACUUGGUCGAUUUGUAUGUUCUGUACGUGAAACGGAAUGUCGAUUAUUUGGUCUGACACCUGGACAAAAUUAUGCUUUCCGUGUACGUGCACGUAAUCGUGCAGGUGAAGGACUAUGGACUGAAUGGAUUUCCUUAUCAACUCCACCAAGUCUACCAGGUGUACCGACUAGUUCACCAAGAUUAUUACCUAAAUCCCCAUAUGUAAUACAGAUUGCUUGGGAUCCAGUAACUUGUAUUAAUGGAGCCAAAAUAUAUGAAUAUCGACUUGAAUGUCGUCAGUAUCAAUCACUGAAUUCAAUGGAUUAUUAUGAUAUUUCAUCAUAUACAAUAAACAUCCCAUCUGAAAAGAAAUCGACAGUAAAUUCUUUGGAAAAUUCAUCAGGAUUAGAUUCUUUCGAGCAAAUGGAAAAUGACUCAUUUUUUCAACUGAUUUAUGCUGGUUCAAAGUUAUCAUUUGAAAUGACAGGUUUGCAACCAGCUAGUUUGUUUGCAUUCCGCUUUUGUGCUGUCAAUUCAGCUGGGGCCGGACCAUGGAGCCCUAUAGCUAAGUGUUGGACACCAUCUGCCCCACCUGAUCAGCCUCAUGGUUUAUGUAUUCGUGAAUUAAAUUCGGAAUCAGUUUUGCUUCUCUGGGUUAUACCUCACUGUAAUGGAAGUCCUAUUACAAAUUUUAUGAUAGAAGUUACCCGAAUUAAUAAUCAUCAUAAAUCUACGUCUAAAUCUCGUAUAAAUUCGUCAAAUGUGAAAUUCAUUCAAAUACCUGCACCAUAUCUUAUGGAUCAUAAAAAACAUCCAAUGAAUUCCAGUACUAAACUGCCAAUCAUUUCAGUGACACCUGAUACUUCAAAUUCAGUUCAACAACAAUUACAAAAUAAAAUGAUGCAAUAUUGUUUAAAUAAGUUGAAACCUUCGACAAGUUACAUAUUACGCAUCCAAGCUGUGAAUAAAUUUGGUCCAAGUGAAUAUUCAGCCAAUAUUGAAUUUACUACACUUGCUCCAUUGCCUAAAGCUCCAGUUUUUAGUCAUUAUACAAAUUUAACAUCAAAUAGUGUUCGAUUAGAAUGGAAUAUGUUAAUCAAUGAGAUGCUCAAUUCUGAUACCGAUGAUAUGGAUAAUGUUGAUGGUGACGCUGACACCAUUGGUGACGAUACUUCGAGUGAUAAUUGCAUCAACGAUGAGAGAGAAGAAAAGAUUCAUAGUGACGAGGCAAAGGAAGUAAAUAAUGAAAAUGGCACUAAUAUCAAGUCAAACUCUUCUUCUCGUUUAUCGAAUCCACUCCAUCACCACCGCCACCAACAACAACAGCGAGAAAGGAUGAAAACACAGAAAUUAGACUUGAAACCGCAUGAAAGCCAAUUAAUAUUUACAUUACAAAUGAGCAGAGAAUCUGAUCUAGAUUGGACAACAAUAUAUGAAGGACAAUCAAAUAUGCAUAAAGUGAAUCGUUUAUCUGAAUUUACAAUUUAUCAUUUUCGUGUUUGUGCUAUGAAUACAACAGGUUGUGGAUUGUAUAGUGACGUUCAAACAAUUCGUACUCAGAAAGCAUCACCACCAGCUGUACGAGGAUUGAAAAUUCUUGAAUUAAAUUCUGAUCGUUGUCAAUUAGAAUGGACUCCGGUUAAUCAGUUAGGCAUGGAUCCCAUUAUCUAUUUGUUGCAUUUACUUCCAGUCACAGCCAAUAUACAACAAUCAACCAAUUUAAAUCAGGUAAUUUUUCAUUUGUUUAUUUAUUUGGAUUACAUUCUGUACCCUUAGACUAUUCUUUCUCGUUUAGUUUAAUUAGAUUUGGUCCAUUUUUCUGUUUCCGUUUUGAUGAAAUAUAAAUUUCGACUGCAUAUUUCAACGUGUUUCUCCGCUUAUCUUUUAUAUUUUUUAAAAACCAAAUGUUUAUGACACUGACCUUCUCUCAAGGUUCCUACAAAAAUCCAACUCUCUAACUCUUAUAAUUAAUUAGAAAGUGGAACUACUACAGUAACAGAAAUCCCAAAGUACUUAUUUGGUUUGGAGUUUUAAUAGUUUCUGUGUAGGUGUUAAAAUUAACAAACUGUUCGAAUUUCUCCACAUAUGACUCAUAGCUUGUUCUGUCGACCUCGAUGUUGAUUGACUGUUGUUAACCUAUCAUUGUCCACUUCUUUAUUUUGAUUGUAUCUCCCAUUGAUUUGAUUCUUGGCCCAAUAUUCGUCUGUGUUUUUUCUGAUCGGUUGAUAGAUUAGAUCGAUUUCAAUGUUUGUUGAUUGCCGAUUGACCUGAAUGCCAAACUUCAAAAAAUUCUCUCGUGUUUUAAGGAUUCCCUCCAUCCAAGAUCUCAAUAUUUUCUGAGUCGGAUGUAUGUCAACAUGCAUUGUAUAAGUGAGGAUAGGUCAUAGCGUUUGACUGCUAAUUGAUGUUCAUGAGGAUGGAGAUAAAGGGGGCGUCCACUUUAUCCGAUGUAGUGUUUUCCGCAGUUGGAACAAUUUAUUUUGUAGAUGAUACUCAGUUUUUCUUCAGUCAUUCCGUUCUUCGGUUUGCAUACGAUUGGUUGAAAUGAUUUCGCUGGUUUGUGUGCUACACCUAUUCCAAACGUCUUCAAUAAUCUGAUUGUAAUUUCUGACGUUUUUUUAUAUAUGGUAGGAUGAUCCGUUUGUUGGUUGAUAUUUUUUGACGAAGUUGAUUUGGUAGCCGUUCUUUUGAAAACUAGCCUUCAGAUAUUUUUCUUCAUUUUUCUGCACUGCAAGUGUGUUGCGGUGUGUUCUCACCCUCUCGAAUAAAGUUUGUACGCAGCUGAUUAUGUUAACUCUUAGGCUGUUGCUACUGUAAUUGAGAAGUUGGAUCUGUGUGGACUGACUUCUGAUAUACUUGAGUAUCCAGUUUUCUUGUGUUGGUUCUGGUGAUUAGUACAUUUAAGAGUGAUAGUUUGUUUUUUAACUCCUUUUCCAUUGCAAAUUUUAUGUCAUCGAAAAUGUUGGUCAGAUUGUAGGUGUUUUCCAACUCGUUCUUUUUGACGAUGACGAACAUGUCGUCCACAUGACGAAUCCAAAUUCUUGGCUUGAUCGCUAGUAAGAUCGAGGCUCCCGGUAUCUCCAUCACUUCUUCAAUAAGUCUUGAUAUUGAUGAUCCCAUCGGUGUUUCUUUCGUUUGCUCGUAGAUUUUAUUGUUGAAUUGGAAGUUUAUUGUUAAGCAUAAAUCGAUGAGUUGUAGUAAACUUUGACUUUGAAGCUUCAUGUACUUUACGAGGUUUCUGUCGUUGGUGAGAAGCAGGGAUAAGGUUUCCUUUGCUAAGCUUAUUUCAAUUGAGGUGAAUAAGACUGUCACAUCAAAGAAUGUCAUCAGUUCAUCAUUGUUAAUUUGAAUGUCCUUAAUGUAAUCCAGGAAGUGUAUAGGGGAUUUGAUGGAGUGAUUGAAUGUUCCAAUAUUAAUUAAAUUCCUCUCGAUAAAUUGAAUGUUAGAGUUCCAAGGAGUGAUACAGUUGAAUGUAAUGGGAUAUUUGGUUUGUGUACUCUCGGCCUUCUGUAGAAUAGGGGGUGUACUGGUUCAUUGGAUUUCAUCCUCCAUUGAUCUUGCUUUGAUAUUUAUCCUACUUUGACAAGCUUGUUUAAAGUCUUCGAAAUUUGGUUCUUUAACCUGUUGACCGGAUUUUUGUCUAUUGGUUUCUAUGCACUUUUAUCCUCAAGUAGUUCCUCGGCUUUCCUGAUAUAUUCUUCCUUGUCCAUAAUCACCGUAGUGCGUCCUUUGCCCGCUGGAACUAUGACAAUAUCUUCUCUAGUUCUCAGUUUCUUUAAAGCUUUUUGUUCUUGUGUAGUCAGUUGAUGUUGUCUUUCUUCUAUCGAGUUAGCAGUACUAUGGUGUGCCUUAUUUACUGUUGGUUUAUUUCACUUAUUCUAGCAGUUUUGACUGAUGACUCUAGUGCGGCGAAGAAUUUGAGUUUUGAGGUGUCACUUGUACUGUAGUUUAGCCUUUUUCGGAGUAGGUGUUCCUCUAUGUCAGAGGUUCCUUUGGCAGGCUGACCACUCAGUGGUUUGUGCUUUUUCCAUGCUUGGUUAUGAAAUCUUGAUUUGUUUUCUUUUGAGGGCUUUUCUUCUUUGUUCCCUGUGUUGUCUGAUAACUCGAUCGCUGUUGUUAAGAUUGCCAAAUAUUCUGAUGUGAAUAUCCCCUCUACCCUCUUUCGGUCAUCCAUGACGUGUUGGUAUCUCUGAAUCCUGUAGUAUGCAUCAGUUAUCAUUAGGCGUACCAUUUUUAUUCCACUUUUUUCAUCUAUUCUCCAUUCCAUUGGGCAGUUGGUUGGAGGUCUGUAUCUUACACUUGUUAACAGAACAUGCUGACGGAAAUACUCGUGGAGUAAAUAGAGUUGUUCGCCAAUGGAAGCCUGUCUUUUGUCAAACUUCUCCCAUAUCCAAACAAUGCGAAGCGUGUUAUGUUCAUAUGAUUUUGAGAUGAUGGAGAUUUGUAACCCAGGUAGAUGAUUUAGGUGGAAAUACAAUCAAAAUAAAGAAGUGGACAAUGACAGGCUAAAGGUCAACAACAAUCAAUCAAGAUCGAGAUCAACAGACCAAGCUAUGGUUCAUAUGUGGAGAAAUUCGAACAGAUCACUUCUACUUGAAGUUUGUGCUGAUGAUGUUGUUCUGAAGGACAAUGAAAGCUAGAGGACCAAACCAUCCAGCCACCUAAAUCAUCCAUCUGAGCUACAAAUCCUCUCCUUCAUCUCAAUUUACAUGAACUUUAUCAAUUAGAUUCAGGGAAUUUUUCAAAGGAGCUUAUUAGCUGAUGGUAAUUUAGAACAUUAUUUAACUUCUUCGGAUUUUUAAGAAUAUUCAUUAACAUCCAGUGUAGUGAACGCUACUCACAGGGAUAUUUGUCAGUAGUGUAUAGCAGACGUAGCGUCGAAGUUGCAACAGCUGUCAGGUGGGAUGUAAGAGUCUUACUGCAUCUAAAGCACGACAUUGAUAGAACACUUGGAGACCAUAGGAGAAGACAGUUCAGAUGGCAGAACUCACCGAAAGAUGGAAAUUGAUCAUUAACUUACGCCUGUUACCCCUCGGGGAAAAGCAUAAACCAUGCACCAGCAUUCUCCAUUCAACUCUGUCCUGGGUAAUCCUUUCCAGUUGCUAUUCAUCCUUUUCAUUUUUCCUUCCAAUUCUCGACGUAAUAUGCUCUUUGAUCUUCCUCUUUUCUGUUUCCCUUCAAAAUUCCAGGUGAGCACUUGCUUAUUGAUGCAGUUUGGUUAUUUCCACAAUCUAUGUCCUAUCCACCUCCAACAUCUUUUCCUAAUUUCCUCUUCAGAUAGAAGUGGGUUUAUCCUCUCCCACAGUAGGCUGUUGCUCAUCGUAUCCGGCCAACGGACAUUGAGUAUCUUAAGUUGACAACUGUUUAUAAAUACUUGUACCAUUUCGAUAAUUGUUGUAGUGAUUCUCCAAUUUUCAGCUCCGUAUAGUAGAACUGUCUUGACGUUCUCAUUAGAGAUUCUGAUUGUGAUACUAGUUGACAGUUGUUUUGAGUUUCAUAUGUUGUUCAGCUGUAGAAAUGUGACCCUCGUUCUGUUAAUUUUCGCCUUUACCUCUGCUUCAGGUCCUCUUUGUUCAUGGAUUAUGUACGUGAAAUUUUUUACAUCUUCCGGAUUUUCUCCAUCAAAUGCCACUGAGUUAUUGUUCGUCGUGUUGUAUUUGAAGAUGUUGCUUUUUCCCUUAUAUAUGUUAAAGCCUACUGCUGUAGGGGCUGCUGCUACACUGUUUAGCUGGACUUUGUUACUACCAGCAAUAAAUUCACAUUCUUCCUGCUAAAUGUCUCGUUUUACUCUAGUACUGUACUGUAUUCAUUUUGAAUACUUAUUUUACAUUAGUUAAACCAAGAUAAUCUUAUAUUCCACUGUUCAGCUUAAAAUCAAUAGAUAAAUUAUUGAGAGUUGACACCGUUCUAUUGUAUCACUUUUAAUUAUGAUUUAUAGUCUUUAGGGUAUGUGCAUGUUUUAUGUAUUUAAACAUGUUAUUCCAAUAGGUUUGUGUCUAGUUGGCAUUGUGACCUGUACACUAUACUUCAUUAUUUUUCACUUCUGUAGUGCAAUUAUUAUACAAUAUAACUGUACAAUUUUGUUGAUCAACCUAACUGAUAAACUUUAAAAUGUCGAAAAUGUCUAAAUGCGAUUACUGAAAAAUCUUCCGACCCCCUAACACUAAAAAACAAUUAUGCACUCGAUACCGAGCCAUACAAACUAAUGUUUACAUUCUAAAUUGACAGAUAGAAUGCGAUCAGCAUUAAGAACUGGAUAAAAAUGACAGUCAGCCCUCAACGGUUUAUUUAUAUAAAUAUAACAAUCUUAUGGGAUACCAGCUGUGACUCGUAUAGCUUAGUAGCAAUAUCUCAAACUAUGAAGCUGAAUAACGUGAUUUUAGAUUCCAUGGGAAGCACCAGUUCUGUUAAUACUGCAGGUAUGCUCUUUCAAUAAGUGUCAAAUAAUAAGAAACUUGGGCCUAGGAUUUCCCGCUGACUACAUCCAAACGCUUAACAUCAAGAUUCUGUUAUUAGGUGAAAUGUUAUACGACCAUGGUGAACAAGGUUUUGUAACUCGAGAGGACAAUUUCAGAUGAAAUCGUACUCUCUGAAUUUAGAGCACUGAAAUUCACCGAAAUCACCAACCUUAACAGAUACUUUGGGAAAAUCGAAGAGAUUGGCCUACGCCGUUUACAUUGUAAGUUGAGGGGAUGUUACUACUCAGCUGUUUAACUUAUUACUUAAUAAUUAAUAAACAUUUUUGUAGUUUACAUCACAGUCUGCUCUUAACUAGACAACCAUUGAAAACCAGGCAGCACUGAAUAGCAUACGACUCCUCAUCAGUGCACAUCUACAACCAUAUCAUGGGUCAAAUUCAAUAAAUUUGAUCUUACUGAGAGCGUUCAACUUCCAGAUCAUUGACUCAUCAUCCAAUGGUUAACACAAUAUCACGUAAUCAAACCACAUGACUUUGAAUUACAAAGAUUACCAAUCAAAUUAUCUACGUAAAAUGAGGAGAUCAAAAGAAUAUCCU